UUUCAAUGCUAUGCUAUAAGAUAGUAUAAGAUAGCUGUUUGUUCUUCACCAAAAAAAACUGAAAACUGAACAGAACAGAGUCACAUACAUAACAUUGAACUUCCUACAUUAAUGGCUUUGUCCCGCAUUCACUGCCACCUUAAUCUUCCUUUCCCGUCCGAUGCGGCGCGUAUUUCGUCAUCAUCUCAUAAUUCAUCCCUUCCUAUUUCUUCUCCAAAAGCAAAGAACCCUUUUUCAAUUGUUAAGCGCCGAAGCAGCUUUGGAGCAGUGAAGUCUCAGAUGACAAUGGAAGACAAACCUCUCUCUCAAAACAACAGAAUGCUUGUGUAUGUGCCAGCACAUCCUUUGAUCAAGCACUGGGUUUCGGUACUGAGGAAUGAGCAAACUCCCUGUCCCAUUUUCAGAAAUGCAAUGGCUGAGUUGGGAAGGUUGCUAAUUUACGAAGCUUCAAGGGAUUGGUUGCCAACUGUGUCUGGAGAGAUUCAAUCACCACUAGGUGUUGCUUCAGUGGAGUUCAUUGAUCCAAGGGAGCCUGUGGCUGUAAUUCCGAUCUUGAGAGCUGGUCUUGCUCUUGCUGAACAUGCAUCGUCAAUCUUGCCUGCAACAAAAACAUAUCAUCUAGGAAUAACCAGAAAUGAAGAAACUCUCCAGCCAACUGUAUAUUUGAACAAGUUACCGGACAAGUUUGCAGAAGGGUCUAAAGUAUUUGUGGUUGAUCCUAUGCUUGCAACAGGUGGUACUAUAGUGGCAGCCUUGAAUCUCUUAAAAGAACGUGGAGUUGGCAACAAGCAGAUUAAAGUGAUAUCUGCUUGCUCUUCACCUCCGGCUCUUGAAAAGCUAAGCGAGCAGUUCCCAGGGCUUCAUGUGUAUACUGGAAUAAUUGAUCCCGUUCUUAAUGACCAAGGGUUUAUAAUUCCUGGCCUUGGAGAUGCUGGCGAUCGUAGCUAUGGUACAUAAUACAUGAAUGCUCAUUAUUGGUUGUUUUAUCAAUUUUGAGUAAAGUUAUCAACUAUUUAUCGGCUUAGUUCUCUGUAGUUGCCUCUUUAGUGUUUUUGGUUAUUGUUUAUGUUAAAAUUUGAAAUACAUAAGUCAUUCAAUAUUUUUUCUUCUUCCGUAUUCCGGUCAGUUUGAUUAGGCAGUCACCGGUCUGGAUCAUCUUAAUAGUCCGACCAACGGAAACUUAGUUCAUUGUGAAAAAAACAGAUUGGUUUGAAUAUUAAUUUGGUUAAUUCUAAUUAUUGUUACAUAUCUGUCUGCUAUUGAAACAAGAUAUAUUUUUAAUA